GCAAUAGUUUCCGGAGACUUCGAAGGCGCUAACAGAUAAGGAUCCCUUAAGUGAAAAGGUAAUCAACUGCCCCUCCAUUGGACAUUUAACAUUUAACCCACCUUCAACCUUUAAACUUCCUAACCGGCGCAUUGAUCGGAGGGGCGAACUAAGUUCCCCAAAUAUUCCCAAAUACACCAUCAAAACAGCCAACUACUAGAUCAAUACGUACCCAUUUGCGCCUGCUUCUUGUUUUGUUUGUAACUAUACAAGGCCAGGUCUACAUAUAAACACGACACGAAAGUUCAAUCACUACAACUUCACAUAGAAAACAAUUCAUCGCGAACGACAAGAUGGGGUUGGUGAAGGAGAUUACUUCCCAGAACGAGUGGGAAACCUUCGUUGGAUCGCUUCCCAAAUCAACCCUCCUCAUCAUCUUCUUCCAUGCCCCCUGGGCCGCACCAUGCGCACAAAUGGCCAAGGUUAUCGAGACGCUCGCGAACGACUACUCUGCGAAUGGUGCGCCCCCCACGAGCUGGGUUUCUAUCAAUGCCGAGGAGCUCAGUGACGUAUCCGAGAUCUACGAUGUCGUCGCCGUGCCCUACGUCGUCCUACAACAAAACGACCAGGUCCUCGAUGCCGUCAGCGGUUCUAACGCUGCGGCGCUACGGAAGGUCAUCGAGACGCACGCUCCACUAAAGCCCGACGCGACCAACGGUAACAAACCAGAUACCACAGGGGAGGACUCCUUAAAUAAUGGCGGGGACGUGCUGAACCCUGAGGAGGAGCUUAACAAACGAUUAACAGGUCUGGUCAACGCGGCGCCUGUCAUGCUGUUCAUGAAGGGCACGCCUAGCGAGCCGAAAUGUGGAUUUUCGCGUCAGCUUGUUAACAUUCUCCGAGAGCGCAGCGUUAAGUACGGGUUCUUCAACAUCCUCGCAGACGACGAUGUUCGGCAAGGUCUUAAGAAAUUUGCGGACUGGCCGACAUACCCGCAGCUGUGGGUUUCGGGCGAGCUGGUCGGUGGUCUAGAUAUUGUCAAAGAGGAAUUGGAGAAGGAGCCCGAUUUCUUCAAGAAAUUCAGCGUUCCUAAAGGAUAUGGUGCUGCUGCUGCUUGAAUCCCACAUUGAGAUGAUGGAGGGACUACGUAGCUACUUACUACCUAUGAUCUAAGUGUAUGCCGAACAUUGCAUGCCAUGAAUGAUUACGACAGAUUCUAUCCGACACAGAUAUCGAAGUGGGUUGGGAACCUACGUCUCCAGGUGUGUACCCGGGUGGAUUUUGGGAUCUGAAAGCUUCUUUUAGUUGCUUCGACGUCUAUCUUAUGCGAUAUGUUCCAUUGUUUCUCUUCCAUGUGGAGCAAGGGGGUUAAUGAGGUCGAUAUGCUUAUGCCAAUGCUAUGACGAAUGAUCGUACAAGGGACCAUAGCUAGUGCCUCGACCUACAUACCAUAAUACGAAUGAAUUAAGCCAGUAAUCAUAUUUAUCAGUUAUCUCGAAA